AAAAGAGGAUGGAUAGCUCCUGGUAUAACUACCAUAGCCUGUAAAGUGUGUGCAGCCUGCCCCACCUGUCAAGCCUAUAACUAACAUGCUUUUCAUGGAAAAGUUUUUGGUGGGUGUCCUCUAGCUUUACACAUCUUUUGAACAUUUGCAAAUUGACUUUAUCACUAUGCCAAAGGCUGGACAUUAUAAAUUUUGUCUAGUCAUAGCAGAUCAGCUGACCAGAUGGCCAGAAGUGUUUCCUAGCACCAGAGCAACAACAGCUUUUGUUGCCAAGGUACUCUUAAAAGAGAUUGUUCCUCACUGGCCUGCCAACACGUAUUGAUUCAGACAGGGGAACUCAUUUUACCAACUCUGUUUUAUCAGAUUUAUUCAUGUUUGGGGAUCACUUCUAAAUUCCAUGUACCACAUCAUCCUCAGUGGUCACCAAUUAAUGUAAGAAUUAAAUUUAGGUUUUGACUCAACACGAGAGUUAUAAAAGUGAUCACUGUUUGUAAAAUAUUAGCCCCUAAGUCAAAAUGACUGUUAGCAACUUUUAUUUACAACAAGGUAGAGACAGUGAAAGUGGGAAAUAUAGGAGACAAAGCCUGGUCUAGCCUACCAGCCCUUAAUGUUGCUCUGGUAAAGUCUGGUUCAGCCCCCUGGCAGGGGCUUCCCCAAGUCCCAAUCUCCAUGUGGAUUAUCCCAGUAGUCUUCAGUCAGAAGUUCCAGCAGUGUCUUCAGCCAGAGUUCCACCAAUGCAGAAUGACUCCAAGGAAAAGUGUGUCUCUUCAGCUCUACUCACCAAUGCAGAAUCUAAGGGAAGAGUCUCUCCAAAAGCCAAGGAAGGAAAGAGCCCAGACCAUGAUUUUAAAAAUUCUUAAAUGACCAUCAAAUACAAUGAAUGAGGUGAAAGAAUUACUCAGGAACAUCGAACAGACCUAUAGACUCUUCCAGCAACAGCAGUUCACUUUUAUCGCUGCCUUGGAGCAUUGCCGAGAGAAUGCUCAUGACAAGAUCAGACCCAUCACAAGCAUUGGACAGGUGCAGAACUACAUGGAACACUACUGUAACAACAGCACUGACCAUCGGAUCCUUCAAAUGUUCCUGAAAAUCUGCACGGAGUUGAACAGGCUCUGCCAACAAUUUGAGAACCUGCAUCCUGGUACCCCAACCACCAACAACAUCUUGGAGAAAUGCAAAAUUCUCGUUAGCCAUAGUAAUGACCUGAGCAGUCUGAGAGCAAGAUACCCUCAUGAUGUGGUCAAUCACUUGAGCUGUGAUGAGGCAAGGAAUCACUAUGGAGGAGUUGUGAGUCUUAUCCCUAUAACAGUGGACUUAAUGAAAGAAUGGAUUGCCCACUCUGAGAAAUUACCACGCAAAGCAGCUCAACAUGUGAGUGACCAGAAGGGUGACAAGAAGAGUUCAGGAGCCAAAAUUAAAUACCACUCCAUUGGCACACAGACUUUGGUUAAGAGAGAAAGAAAUAGGGAUCCUAAGAAACAGAACAAAAUUAGAGGAAAAAAUCAAGGGAAAAGUUUCUUUCCUCCUUGGAGACCACCAGGGGGACCUGUCCUUUAAAAUUAAAGCCAAACAUUUAAAAAUGGAUAAAUUGGGGGUGGUUCGUUAUUUAAUUUGGUUUCCACUAAGUUUAUUACUUCUACUGCUCCCCCCACCCACCCACUCAAUUGUCCCUGCCAAUCUUGAUUUGAAAAGAGGCUGGCCCAGACAGUACUGUAAGCCACUUCCUCUUUCCUCUUCCUCCUACUCUUAACUUCUCUCAGCCUAAGGGCCAACAGAAGGGGGUCUCAGAUUAAGUGAGGAAUAGUUAGAUGUUUAAUGGAAAGAGCCAAGGCCUAGGAAAGAGGGAGUAAUUUUAGUCCCAGUUUUGCUACUAAGCAGGUGUGGGACUUUGGGUAAGUCAGUUGAAGCAAGGCUAAACUAAAAGAAUUCUAAGGUUCCUUUCAGCUCUAUGGGGAGGAUUAAAGGGAAACCUGAUGAGAGGGAGUGGCAAGAAUAAAGAGAACAUGGUGGCUCCACUAAAACUUUACUUUGUGAGCUAAUAACUCUUCCUUGGAGGGAGGAAAAUUUUCCCCACCUCCUCCACUUGACAUACCUGAAGAGUCAGAUCACCUGGGUUCUGUUCUCUACACAACUACCAUGUCUUUUCAGGCAAGUCACAAUCUCUGCCUUUGGUUACUUGCCUAUAAAAUGAAGAUGUUGCUAUGCUUAUUUUACAGGGAUGUAUGUGACAUUUAUUGUGCUGAUUUUAAAAAAUGCUUUCAGGUCUUCGGAGUAAAACUAGUAACUGAAUGGGAUCAGUUCCUACUACCUAUCCCCUAUUUCUACUACUAUGCCAUAUUAGCAGAUUAAUGCUGUUUCAGAAUCAUUUGUGGGCCAACAUUUUAAAAAUGUGUCACUAGCAUCAAGCCUGCCAGUAGUGAUGUCUGACUGUUGAUUUUCCCUUUACAGGGGGCGACUUAGCUUCUGUACUCUUGCUUCCUCGGGGGAGACACUCAAGAAUUAAAGUGCUCCACCAGC